GUUAUUGUCAAUAGAGGCCUCUUACUUUUAAACAUGACGUUCUUGAACGUCCCAAGAAGAUUGUAGAUGAAAUUUUGUUUAUUCUUCAAUUUGAUAAUUGUUAACUAUGAGUGUAUACUGAAGUUUACUAUAUACUUUUACAAAUCCUUAUUUUGUCAUCAUACAAACGUUUUUACUAUUUAUAUUCUUUCUAGUACAAUUGCGGAUACUUUUUAAAUAUUUUUGUAUAAGAAAAACUAAUGUUUUAUGUCAUAGGGAUAGGUCUUGGUGAUGCUAAAGACAUCACUGUUAAGGGCCUAGAAAUAGUUAAAUCAGCAAGUAGGGUUUAUCUGGAAAUGUUUACAUCAGUGUUGUCAGUCGGAAAGGAUGGAUUGGAAGAAUUUUAUGGUAGAGAUAUCAUUAUUGCUGAUAGAGAAUUGGUUGAAAUGGAGGCUGAUACAAUUUUAAUGAAUGCUGAUAAGGAAAAUGUAGCAUUUCUAGUUGUUGGUGAUCCUUUUGGUGCCACUACCCAUACAGACCUGGUUUUGCGGGCAAAACAAAAAAACAUACCUACUAAAGUUGUGCACAAUGCUUCAAUUAUGAAUGCUAUUGGUUGUUGUGGAUUACAGUUAUAUAAUUUUGGAGAAACAGUGUCUAUUCCAUUUUGGACUGAUACAUGGAGGCCUGAUAGCUUUUUUGAAAAAAUAUGUUCCAACAAGCAAAGAGGUCUUCAUACACUUUGUCUUUUAGAUAUUAAAGUCAAAGAACCUACUCCAGAAAGUUUAACAAAGAAGAAAAAAGAAUAUCUACCACCAAUGUUUAUGACUGUCAAAGAAGCUUCCCAGCAGUUAAUGGAAAUUGUCAAAAAUAGUGAUGAUACAGUGAUUGACAGAGAUACUCUGUGUGUAGGAGUUGCUAGAGUGGGUUCAGACGAACAAGAAAUAGUUUGUUGCACUCUCAAUGAGAUGACAAUGAAAAAUUUAGGAAAGCCUUUACAUUCCCUUGUAAUUGUUGGCAAACUGCAUCCUUUAGAAGAAGAAUAUCUGAAUUUUUUGUCAAAUUAAAAAAAAUCUUUUUUAUUUUAA